CACUCUCAAGAUCUCAAUUUUAAUUCUCCUUACUGUCUGCCAUACAUUUCAUAUUUUUUAAUUGAGUUUAACUGAUUUCAUGUGGCUAAAUAUGAUUUAGGCAAAGUUAGACUCAAACCAAUACAGUCAGCGGUUUCCCCUUUUACAGUACAUGACUUGCAAGGCGGCCCUUUGGAGAUUUGCAGAGCUGUUGUGUCACAUUGCAUUGCACGUACUGUGCUGCCAGCUGAUUGUUGCGGAUCAUUUGCUUUGUAUUUUGGCGAAUCUUUGCGGAUUCUCGCUCUAAGUAUUGCUUGUUUUGUCGCUGCUUGACGUGAUGCACACCAGCAACACGCUUAACAACCGGUCAGCGACUUACGAUGCCUUGUCUCUCGUGCCAGAAUCCAAGGAAAUUCCUCCGCCACCGGUUUCAAUGCCAUUGGAUUCUAGCGUAGCUUCAACAGCUCUGUCCACUAUUCCUUCAUCUGUGUUAUCGCCAACAUCUCUCGCCUUUCUGGCCGCCGUUGCAAACGCUGUCCAGCAAGUACCUUCGGCCCAGCCAGUCGCAAGCCAUCCUAAUUCUAGUUCUUCCAUGAGUGUGGCCAUUUCCAGAGGUGUUUCUGCUCCGCUGGCUAAUCCUAGCCAACUUGUUGCCCAAGCUUUGUCUUUUGCUGCUUCUGGCGUUGGCUUUGCGUCCUCUCCACCAGCCAAGGCGACUCCUCUUGCUUCAGGUAGGCCAAACUAUUUUGUUGUCCCUACCCUUGUGUCGACCUUCUCCACUCCAAUUCCAUCGCUCGCACUCUCAGCAUCUUCCAGCACUGUCAAUGCGGCUUUUCCCUUGAGUGCUGUUAGGGCUACACCGUUGGCUCUGUUGCCUGUUUUGCAUCAACCGUUUGUGGUGGGCCCUGGGUUUUCCCCUGUUCCGGCAAAGUUAGUCAGUCAGAUCGUGGCUGGGAGGUUCGUUGAACUCCACGAGUUGCUGCCCUUCAACAUUGUUCUCACAGAGCCUGAGCCUCAGUUGCUGUUCGAUGGGCGCCUUGUGUUAACAUCCUUGCCGAAGAAACCUAAGCGGCGCAUCGAAGAUAUUUCCACAUCGUUGAAGGCUUUCUCUGUUUACUGCCUUAUCAUUGUGUUGUACUUCCCUCAUCGCUGGAGAGAUCUCCUGCAGUAUCAACUCCUGAUACUCCGCACAUAUUGCCAGUUCUCCGGUUGGGUUUGGUUGUCCUACGACCGAACGUUUAGAGAGAAUGCUGCGGCAACUAACCUGACAGAUUGGUCUCAACUUAACAGCACGCUGUUCAGCUUUCACUCGGCUGGCUGGUCCUCGCGCUCUCCCCGCGAUUCUUUGGAUGGCCAAACUGAGCCCCGCGGUGCUGCUUCUUCGCAGAUCAUUUGCAAAUCAUGGAACCGGAGUCAUUGCGUAGCUUCCUCAGCAUCGUGCCGUUUUGCUCACAAAUGUGCCAGCUGUCAUGACCCACACCACGCUGGAGUUUGCCCAGCUGAGACGCCCACCAAGCCCAGCUCGUCCUCUAAGCGUUCUCCUGACUCUCUGCCUCCCUGGUCCAGCAGCAAGUCCCGUUGUGUGUAGACUCACCCACCCCCCUUUUGCACUGUUUCCAUUAUUGAGUAUUUUUGCCCCCAGUUUUUUAGCCAUGCCCCUUGGGGAUCUAGGACUAAAUGUUGUAUUUGCAGCCGUUCUCGUGUUAUUAAAAUUGAUUGUUUCUGUUUACCUUGUCUGUUCAUCUGCAUAACUCAGGGGGCUCUGGGAGGGCUAUUUAGGCCUUCUUGGGGCUGUGAUUUACCAGCACUUGUAUCUCCUGUUCUUUUUCCUUCCUAGUCGGACUCCCCCCAGUUUCUGCAGUCACCCCCUUGCAAGCAGAGCAGUUUGCCUGGGAGUUGCGGUUUCAUCCCAACCGGCAGAAGGUUUCUUUUGGGUUUUUCUCCCUCCCAAAAGCUCAAGUCUGCGAAGAAAAACAAGCCAUCUGCAGCUCAACAUCCCUCUGUGGUUGACAAGUAUUUGGCCAAUGAGGUUUCCCUAGGUAGGGUGGCAGGUCCUUUCAGUGUUCCUCCCUACCCGAAUCUUCAUGUUAGCAGCUUUGGGGUUAUUCCCAAAAGAGGCCAACCAGGGAAGUGGCGCCUCAUCGUGGACCUUUCCUCCCCAGGGGGGGAGGGGGGGGGGCUAGUGUCAACGAUGGGAUUGACCUGGACAAAUUCACCCUUCAUUACAUCACAGUCGAUCAGGUGAUCCGCCUGGUCUCCAAACUUGGUCCGGGGGCCCACAUGGCUAAAUUUGAUGUGGAGGCCGCCUACCACAAUGUGCCCGUACACCCCUCCCACUGCAUUCUUCUGGACCUGGUUCUCCCCUUUGGCCUUCGAUCGGCUCCAUUUAUUUUUAACUCCAUCGCAAACAUGGAGUGGAUCCUCCUCAAUUCCUACCAGAUUCCAGAUCUCCUCCAUUAUUUGGAUAACUUCAUUACUGCAGGCCCUGCCCAGUCCCUCCAGCGCACAGAAUUUGGCUACUGCUCUGGAGGUGUGUCAACGGCUUGGUCUACCGUUGCAUCCUGGCAAGUGUGUGGGCCCCUCUACAGUGCUCGUUGUCUUGGGUAUUGAGCUCGACUCUGUCAACCAAGUGGUACGUCUCCCACAGGAGAAGUUGUUACCGCUGCAAAAUCUGAUCGAUUCUUGGCUCCCUUGAAAAUGGUGCAACAGAUGUGAGCUUGAAUCCCUUAUUGGACACUUGCAUCAUGCUGCCAAGGUGGUCUGGCCGGGAAGGACAUUCUUACGCCGCAUGAUUGACCUGUUAUGCUGCUUUCGGAGGAGAGAUCACCCCAUUUUUCUUAACCAAGAAUUUCAUCUGGAUCUUCUAUGGUGGCACCAGUUCUUGGAGGAUUGGCAUGACGUUAGCUUCUGGCUCUUCCCAGGACUGCUGCCCGAGGCUGAUGUGGAAGUGUCAUCCGAUGCUGCAGGCUCGAUCGGCUAUGGAGCGUACAUGAGGGGCCACUGGUUUGCUGGCUCCUGGGCUCCAUCCCAGCAGCCAGUCUAUUGCCUACAAGGAGCUCUUCCGUAUAGUUCUCACAGCUCAUGUCUGGGGACAUUUCUGGGUCAAAAAACAUGUCCUGUUCCGCUCUGACAACAACGCAGUAGUCCACAUCUUAAAUACCAGAACAUCAAGAGUGCCUUGCCUAAUGCGGUUGCUGCGCAGUCUGUAAUUUUCCGCUGCGCGUCACAGCUUCUCCUUUUUGUCCCAGCAGGUACCUGGUGUUAACAAUCAAUUAGCUGAUGCGUUACCUCGUUUCAAUUGGUAGGAAUU